CCAUGCCACCCCUAAUAUUUAACCCCUUUGAUCCAUGGCUCUGAUCAAAGAUUGCACCGCCACCAAGCCACCGUCCACGGCCUCCCGGAGCAGCUGCUUUCUCGGUUGUUUUGGUUGUUCCGGUGACAGGAUGCAGCCCACGGAGGAAGUCAACUCAGCAGGCAGCCGGCGUCAAUCAUGGGUCUUUAAAUGGAAAUCCAGUUUCAAGAAAUCCGCCGCCAAGACAGUUCCGGUUGACCUUGCCACCGUCCCCCGGAAAACUAAAUCGUUUACCCUUGCUCCGGCGACAUCCAAUACAACAUGGGAGAUUCAGGUGGUGGAAGAAGAUGAUGCAACGUUGACUAAAAAACCUGUGAUCAUGGUUGAGGAAAACCAUGUUCCGGUGAGGUCCGAUGAACAAAAUAGUCGUCGGAAAAAAUGGAUAGAUAUUGUCAAGCGUCAAAACAGGUCAUACCGUAGCCGCCGGAAAGAAAUGAAAGCAGCCGCCGUGUCUCCGUCCCACCUUGACUCGCCGGAGAAAAAAUCUACGACGAUAUCUCAUGACCCUAUUGUUUUCUCCCCUAAUAAACCCUUGACUCGGUCCAUAUCUCCACCGCCGGCUAAAGUGAAGAAACCUCCACACGCCCCUCCGGCAGACGGCGGAGUUGACGAUAAAGCUUCCAACAAAACGACACCGUUAGGCGGCGGGUUUGACUCCAUAAUUGGAAUGUCAAUAAUACUGGUCACACUAGUUAUAAUGAUGCUAUGGGGUAAGGUCUGUGCAAUUCUUUGUACUUCUGCAUGGUUUUUUAUAGCGCCACGUCUUGGGGCCGCCGGGGAACAUUCCGCCGUAGCCACGGCGGAGAAACGACUGCCGGAACCCCAUAAUAACUUGGAUUUGGAUUCGGUGGAGUACAAGAAAAAGGUGGUUUUGGAAGGACUUCUUCAAAGAAACCACCGGAAUGUUGUUGGUCGAUUGUAGGUGUUCUUCAUUUUAUUUGUUUUUUUUUUAAUUUUUAAAUUUAAUUUUUCUUUUUGGGGUUUUUCGUAGUGUUCAAGAAGAUCGUAUAUACAAGAUUUUGAAUUUUUGUACUAAAAUGGUUUUUUUUAAUUA